AUGAUCGGUUCAAACUGCCAUUUCACAUUUGACAAACAACAGGAUCCACGUGGCUAUUUUGAGCUGGUAAAUAUCCCAGACCCGAGCCUUCCUACACCACCCAGGACAGUGGCUGUUUUGAACGUCAUUCGUGAACUGGACUUUGAAACUCAGCAAUUACAUACUUUUACCAUCACAGUUCAAGAUUGUGAAGAUAAGUAUGGAAAUCCUCCCAGAACAACAACGGGGACAGUGACAGUGAAGGUGGAGGACAUCCAGGAUACCAAUCCGCGGUUCUACAUUUUCGAUUCCAAUAAGAAUAUAGAUGAAAAUUGGCGCGACAAUACCACCGAUGAAGUGAUAGCGAACUUCUUGGCAAAGGACGGGGACCAAUCACUGGGAAUCACACGCCAAAUCGAGUAUUCAAUACCCAAUGGAAAUGAAGAAGGAUACUUCAAGAUAGAACGACCCUCAGGCAGCAGUGAAGACCCCGCAAAAUUGAAGAGGGCAAAGACAAUCGACGCCGAAGCUCUCAACACCACCUUCUUUACGCUCAAUAUCAAGGCGACAGAAAUCGACGAAAAUGGCACAGAAACAGCUCAGUCCACAGAGCAGACCUGCGUGGUAUUUGUCAGUGACAUAGAGGACAACGACCCAAUGUUCAACUUUGAGACUUUCACGAGCGUGGUGGAUGAGGACAUCUACAAGGGCUACGCUCUUGUUUUCAACUCUACUAACGGAGAAUAUUCAUCCAUUACUGUGACAGAUGCCGACGUUAGUGUACUAAACAAUCGAUUCCGAUUGAGAAUUGUGGAAGGUCCACCAGCAUCACAGGCAUUCCAAUUAUCUCCUCCAAACAUCGUUCCUGGUCAAGCGGAGGUGAUCCUUAUUGUAAAUGAUACUAGCCUCCUCGACUACGAGAAUCAGGAUUAUCAAGAAUACAUUAUCACGAUUGCUGUUGAUGACGUGAAUGGUGUAGAGAAAAAUUCAGCCACGGUAACGGUGAAGGUCAACGGAAAGAACGACAAUUGGCCCCAGUGGGAGGUUCCGCCUUACGACAGGGAGCCCAUCGUGCAAGAGAAUGCACCAAGUGGAACUGAAAUCCUCAUGCUGAAGGCCAGGGAUGGCGACAUAGGAAUGGGCAACACGCUGAGAUACUCCUUGGCUGACCGUUCAUUCGAGGGCAAGGAGUUGUUCAGUGUAGAUUCGGAAACAGGGAUGUUGUCCGUGGCGGAUGGAGCGGAAGUGGACUGGGAGCGAUUCCGAAGUAGGAAUGGAAGCGUCACUAUAUACGUCAUUGCCUCAGAUGAAGUUGAUGAUCCACUAGUGAACCAUCGGAACGAGACCAGCUUUGACAUUAGAAUUUUGGACGUGAAUGACAAUCACCCGGUGUUCGCUAAUAUUCAAGAUAGCGAAGCAGAUGAGAAUACCAGAGAGAACACUAUUCUGCCGGGGUCGGUGAUGGUGAGCGAUAAUGACCAACCGGGGACGAGCAACACGGAGAUGGAGUUCGAAAUCUUGAGGAUCAAUUGUACAAGUGAAGAUGAAUGCGCAAAUCCUGGAGACGCAAUGGGUCUGGUUAAAUUAGCGUCGGACAAGGGAAACCCUCCAAGUUCCACCACUCAGAUUUGCCACCUCCACAUCAAAGAUAUAAAUGACGAAACUCCCAAUAUCAUAUGGCCGGAGAUAGACCAAUACACCUUCAACGUAAAGGAGAGUCUGUUGGAGGGUUCAUACAUCUUUGACAGCAACACUGGCGCUGAGUUCUACAUGGAGGCCACGGACAACGACUUUGGAGACAAUGCUAUGAUUGUGUUCAGCCUCGUCAAUGACACAGAAAGUUUGUUCAGGCAUACCUAA